AUGCGACUCACAGCUCUCGCUGCCUGGUUGUGUUACACUGGCUUCUGUCACGGAUAUUCUGUUAUAGAAUCGGAAGACGUCGUGCACGGCCUUUUCAAGCUUAAUUCAGCACGUUAUGCAUAUGGGUACCAUCCUUUGAUUUGGGACUCUACCCUUGCCUCCUAUGCGCAAUACUAUGCCAACCAAUUGGGCUAUGGUGCCGUUGUUCCUGAUAAUUUGCAGAGAACUGCUGUAUACACAGAGGCCUCGGCCACGUGCGUGGGUCAACCACAGAGGCGUACUUUCGAGACUGCUGCGAACUUCUGGCUUAUUGCCAAAGAGAGGCCCAACCGUGAACAAAGGGACUACUACAACUACCGUAAGCGAUAUCUCCGCUCCGUUAUGAUCUUCACAUUCUAA